GCCUUCAUUGUCCUGAUCCUCAGAGAUGUCCUGACCAGACUGGGCCAUGAGAGGGACCCGGAUGACAUCACUAUCUCCACCAGCUCUGGCUAAAUCCCAAACACUACCUGGGACCCAACUGCAAUUUGGUUCUCAGAAAAAGUAACACUUGCCAUUGUUAAAAUACAGGCAGUCUGGCAAGGAUAGGAGUUAUUCCAUGAAGUCAUCUAGCAAGAAUGGAGUGGAUAGGGAAGCAACUCAAUAGCAUGCCACUCCCCCACAGUCUCCAGAAUCAUACCCUCACAUGUACACUGCUGUAGCAUUGCCGCCUCUUCCAGGACCCAGCAGACAAAUAUAGAAACAAAGGAAAGCUACUGAUGCCUUUAAAUUGUUAUCACCACCAGUGACCUUGAGGAAGGUGUAUAAAAAGUCUGUAUCAAGCAGAAUCCUGAUACUUUUCGUCUUUGCUUUACAGGACUAGAUCCUUUUCUUCUCUCUUUGGGCUGCACUGUCUAGAGAACUCGCCAAGAUGAUGGACAUGUCGGAAUUCGGGGAGGCUGCACCUUUCCUCAGGAAGAGCGAUAAGGAGAUAAUGAUAUUACAAACUGUGGCAUUUGAUGGGAAGAGGAGGUGUUGGAUUCCUGAUGAAAAGAACGCUUAUAUUGAAGGAGAUAUCAAAGAGAGCAGUGGUGGCAAAGUCACUGUUGAGACUGUGGAUGGAAAGACCGUCACUGUAAAAGAAGAUGAUGUUCAGCCGAUGAACCCCCCAAAGUUUGACAUGAUUGAGGACAUGGCUAUGUUGACUCACCUUAAUGAGGCAUCUGUGCUGCACAAUUUGAACAGGCGCUAUUGCCACUGGAUGAUUUAUACCUAUUCAGGUUUAUUCUGUGUGACUAUAAACCCCUACAAAUGGCUUCCAGUCUACAACCCGGAGGUGGUUAGUGCAUACAAAGGCAAGAGGCGGUCAGAGGCUCCCCCUCACAUCUUCUCCAUUGCAGAUAACGCAUACAAUGACAUGCUACGCAAUCGAGAGAACCAGUCUAUGCUGAUCACUGGAGAAUCUGGUGCCGGCAAGACUGUGAAUACAAAGCGUGUCAUUCAAUAUUUUGCCACAGUCGCAGCACUUGGGGAACCUGGUAAAAAAAGUCAACCAGCCACCAGGACUGGGGGAACCUUGGAAGAUCAAAUCAUCCAAGCAAAUCCUGCCUUAGAAGCCUUUGGGAAUGCCAAAACCCUGAGAAAUGACAACUCCUCACGUUUCGGUAAAUUUAUCAGAAUCCAUUUUGGAACCACAGGCAAGCUGUCAUCUGCCGAUAUUGAAAUUUAUUUGCUGGAGAAAUCCCGAGUGAUUUUCCAGCAGCCAGGUGAAAGAUCCUAUCAUAUCUUCUACCAAAUCCUGUCAGGAAAGAAAGCAGAGCUACAAGAUAUGUUGCUGGUGUCUACCAAUCCCUAUGACUUCCACUUUUCUUCACAAGGGGCAGUGACUGUGGACAAUUUGGAUGACGGAGAAGAGCUGAUGGCAACAGAUCAAGCCAUGGACAUCUUGGGAUUUAUUCCCGAUGAAAAGUAUGGUGCCUACAAGCUAACUGGUUCGAUCAUGCACUUUGGGAACAUGAAAUUUAAACAAAGACCCAGGGAGGAGCAAGCAGAGACUGAUGGCACUGAAAGUACUGAUAAAGCUGCUUACCUGAUGGGACUUAACUCCUCUGAUUUGGUUAAGGGUUUGUUGCACCCCAGAGUGAAAGUUGGAAAUGAGUAUGUCACCAAAGGUCAAAGUGUCGAACAGGUUGUGUAUGCUGUUGGAGCCUUAUCCAAGGCAGUGUAUGAUCGAAUGUUCAAGUGGCUAGUGAUCCGUAUUAACAAGACCUUGGACACUAAGCUGCCAAGACAGUUCUUCAUUGGGGUCUUGGACAUUGCUGGCUUUGAAAUCUUUGAUUAUAACAGCUUUGAGCAACUUUGCAUCAAUUACACAAACGAAAAACUGCAACAUCUGUUUGUCUUGGAGCAAGAAGAAUACAAAAAGGAAGGCAUCGAAUGGGUAUUCAUUGAUUUUGGCUUGGACUUGCAGGCCUGCAUUGACCUAAUUGAAAAGCCAAUGGGCAUCCUGUCUAUCCUGGAAGAAGAGUGCAUGUUCCCAAAGGCUACAGAUAUGACAUUCAAAGCCAAACUUUAUGACAACCAUCUUGGCAAGUCACCCAACCUUCAGAAACCUCGGAUUGACAAGAAAAAGAAAUAUGAAGCUCACUUUGAACUUCUUCAUUAUGCUGGUGCGGUGCCCUAUAACAUCGUUGGCUGGCUUGAGAAAAACAAAGACCCACUCAAUGAAACUGUGGUGGGCAUUUUUCAAAAAUCUGCCAACAAACUGCUGGCAAGCCUGUUUGAAAACUAUGUCAGUGCUGACUCCGUUGAUCACAGUACAGAAAAGAAACGCAAGAAAGGAGCUUCCUUCCAAACAGUGUCAUCGCUACACAAAGAAAAUUUAAAUAAACUGAUGACUAACCUGAGAUCUACAGCUCCUCACUUUGUGCGCUGUAUUAUCCCCAAUGAAACUAAAACUCCAGGUGCAAUGGAUGCUUACCUUGUCCUCCACCAGCUUCGCUGUAAUGGUGUCCUGGAAGGAAUCCGUAUUUGCCGCAAGGGAUUUCCAAACAGAGUGCUUUAUGCUGACUUUAAACAAAGGUACCGUAUUCUGAAUCCAGCUGCCAUUCCAGAAGAUAAGUUUGUGGACAGCAGAAAAGCUUCUGAAAAACUGCUGGGUUCUUUAGAUAUUGACCAAACCCAGUAUCGUUUUGGACACACAAAGGUAUUCUUUAAGGCUGGUCUCCUGGGCCAUCUGGAAGAAAUGAGGGAUCAUAGACUAUCCAAGAUCCUAACAAUGAUCCAAGCAAGAGCACGAGGCAAACUGAUGCGUAUUGAGUUCCAAAAAAUAGUGGAGCGAAGGGAUGCCCUUCUUGUGAUCCAGUGGAACAUUCGAGCUUUCAUGGCUGUGAAGAACUGGCCCUGGAUGAAGCUUUUCUUCAAGAUCAAGCCCCUUCUGAAGUCUGCAGAAACUGAAAAGGAAAUGGCCAAUAUGAAGGAGGAAUUCUUGAAGCUGAAGGAGGCCUUGGAAAAAUCUGAAGCCAGGAGGAAGGAGCUGGAAGAAAAGCAAGUCUCUCUGGUUCAGGAGAAGAAUGACUUGCUCCUCCAGCUGCAGGCAGAGCAAGACACACUAGCAGAUGCAGAAGAACGAUGUGACUUGCUGAUUAAAUCCAAGAUCCAGAUGGAAGCAAAAGUCAAAGAACUGACAGAGCGGGUGGAGGAUGAAGAGGAGAUGAACUCUGAGCUGACCUCCAAGAAGAGAAAACUGGAAGAUGAGUGCUCUGAAUUGAAGAAAGACAUUGAUGACCUUGAAAUAACAUUGGCAAAAGUAGAGAAAGAAAAACAUGCUACUGAAAAUAAGGUCAAAAAUCUGACAGAAGAAAUGGCAUCUCUGGAUGAGACCAUAAGCAAACUUACUAAAGAGAAGAAAUCUUUGCAGGAAGCUCACCAGCAAGCACUGGAUGACCUACAGGCAGAGGAAGACAAGGUCAACACACUGAGCAAAAUUAAACUGAAACUAGAACAGCAAGUAGAUGAUCUUGAGGGCUCACUAGAACAAGAGAAGAAAAUAAGGAUGGACCUGGAAAGGGUCAAACGCAAACUGGAAGGGGAUUUGAAGCUGACCCAGGAGAGUCUCAUGGAUUUAGAAAAUGAUAAGCUGCAGUCGGAUGAAAAGUUAAAGAAGAAAGAAUUUGAAAUAAGUCAGCUGAACUCCAAGCUUGAGGAUGAACAAACCAUAGUGAUGCAACUCCAGAAGAAGAUCAAGGAGCUGCAGGCUCGUAUAGAGGAGCUAGAAGAGGAGCUGGAAGCAGAAAGAGCUGCCCGAGCCAAGGUGGAAAAGCAGAGAUCGGAUCUGGCUCGAGAGCUGGAGGAGUUGAGUGAGCGGCUGGAGGAGGCUGGAGGAGCCACUGCAGCGCAGCUGGAGAUGAACAAGAAGCGGGAGGCCGAGUUCCUGAAGCUGCGGCGGGACCUCGAGGAGGCCACGCUGCACUAUGAGGCAACAGCUGCCACCCUGAGGAAGAAGCACGCAGACAGCAUGGCGGAGCUGGGGGAGCAAGUGGACAACCUGCAGCGUGUCAAGCAGAAACUAGAGAAAGAGAAGAGUGAGCUGAAGCUGGAGGUGGACGACCUGUCAUCCAACAUGGAGCAGAUGGUCAAGGGAAAAUCGAAUGCAGAAAAACUUUGUCGCACAUAUGAAGACAACCUCAAUGAGACAAAGACUAAACUGGAUGAAAUGACUCGCUUAAUGAAUGACCUCACCACCCAAAAAGGAAAGCUGCAAACUGAGAAUGGUGAAUUUGCAAGACAGCUAGAAGAAAAAGAGUCACUGAUAAGUCAGCUUUCCAGAGGGAAGACGUCAUUCACUCAGCAGAUUGAAGAACUUAGAAGACUGCUGGAAGAGGAAACCAAGUCCAAGAAUGCCCUUGCUCAUGCACUGCAAGCUGCCAGGCAUGACUGCGAUCUUCUACGGGAGCAGUUUGAAGAGGAGCAAGAAGCCAAGGGAGAGCUGCAGCGGGCUCUGUCCAAGGGAAAUGCAGAAGUGGCACAGUGGAGGACUAAAUAUGAAACUGAUGCCAUUCAAAGAACUGAGGAGUUAGAAGAAGCCAAAAAAAAGCUAGCGGCUCGCCUACAGGAAGCUGAGGAAGCAAUUGAGGCAGCCAAUGCCAAGUGCUCUUCCCUGGAGAAGACAAAGCACAGGCUGCAGAACGAGCUGGAGGACAUCGUGAUUGACUUAGAAAGGGCCAAUUCGGCAGCGGCAGCCCUGGACAAGAAGCAGCGCAAUUUUGACAAGCUCAUCAGUGACUGGAAACAGAAGUAUGAGGAGGCGCAAGCAGAGCUUGAAGCUUCCCAGAAGGAAGCCCGCAACCUGAGCACAGAGCUGUUUAAACUGAAGAAUGCCUAUGAAGAGACUCUGGACAAUCUGGAGACAGUGAAAAGGGAAAACAAGAAUCUCCAAGAGGAGAUUUCUGAUCUGACUGAUCAGAUUAGUGAAGGAAACAAGAGCCUUCAUGAGAUAGAAAAAAUCAAGAAACAGGUUGAACAAGAAAAAUCAGAAGUUCAGUUAGCCCUGGAAGAAGCUGAGGGAGCCCUGGAGCAUGAAGAAAGCAAAAGCCUUCGUUUUCAACUUGAAAUUUCUCAGAUUAAAGCAGAGUUUGAAAGAAAACUGGCAGAAAAGGAGGAGGAAAUGGAAAACAUUAGGAGAAACCAGCAGCGUACCAUAGACACGCUGCAGUCCACCCUUGAUUCUGAAGCCAAGAGCAGAAAUGAGGCCAUCCGGCUGAAGAAGAAGAUGGAAGGGGACCUCAAUGAGAUGGAAAUCCAGCUCAGCCAUGCUAACAGGCAUGCCUCAGAGGCAACAAAGUCUGCACGUAUGCUGCAGGCACAAAUAAAGGACCUGCAAGUGCAGCUGGAUGAUUCAGAACACCUGAAUGAAGACCUGAAGGAGCAGCUGGCGGUCACUGACAGGCGGAACAAUCUUCUCCAGUCAGAGCUUGAUGAGCUGAGGGCCCUGCUAGACCAGACUGAACGUGGGCGUAAGCUGGCAGAGCAAGAGCUACUGGAAGCCACCGAACGUGUGAACCUUCUCCACACCCAGAACACAAGCCUUAUCAAUCAGAAGAAGAAGCUGGAGACUGACAUCUCUCAGAUGCAGAAUGAAGUGGAGGAGGCUAUACAGGAGUGCAGAAAUGCUGAAGAAAAAGCCAAGAAAGCUAUCACUGAUGCAGCAAUGAUGGCUGAGGAGCUUAAAAAGGAGCAAGAUACUAGUGCCCACUUGGAGAGAAUGAAAAAGAACAUGGAACAGACUAUUAAAGAUCUACAGAAAAGACUGGAUGAAGCAGAGCAAAUAGCACUGAAAGGUGGCAAGAAGCAGAUACAAAAGCUGGAAUCCAGGGUACGGGAGCUGGAAAAUGAUCUCGAGAAUGAACUCCGUCGCAAUACAGAAGCCCAGAAAGGAGUCCGCAAAUAUGAGAGACGCAUAAAGGAGUUGACUUAUCAGGCAGAGGAAGAUAAGAAGAAUCUGACCAGGAUGCAGGAGCUGAUCGAUAAGCUGCAAUUAAAAGUGAAAAGCUAUAAGCAUCAAGCUGAGGAAGCUGAAGCACAAUCCAAUCAGUAUCUUGCAAAGUACAGGAAGCAGCAACAUGAGCUGGAUGAUGCUGAAGAACGGGCUGAAAUAGCUGAAUCUCAAGUUAAUAAACUGAGGACCAAAACAAGAGAUAUUGGGAUAAAAAAGGUUCAUGAAGAGGAGUAAGUAUACUAUGCGCUGUGUAACUGAAGACCGAACAGUGUUUGAUGCUUCAUAUUAAUUGAUGACCUACACAGUUGAAGUAGAAUAGGCACCUUAAGAAAUAAAAAUGAAAUGAAA